GACCAAUAUUCCCUCAGUUCGCAGUUCAUGUUUCUGUCCAACAACUCUUGGUUUAGCCCUAUGUUCUACCUCACUGACUUUCCUGGAUUGGAAGUCAUUGAACACUGGAUUUUCAUCCCUUUUUUUCUAAUGUACCUGGUGGCCAUCUCAGGCAACUGUUUCAUCCUGAUAACCAUUAAGACUAACACUCAUCUACACACUCCCAUGUACUAUUUGCUGUCCUUGCUGGCCCUCUCUGACCUGGGACUGUCAAUGUCCACCUUGCCCACAACUAUGGGGAUCUUUUGGUUCAACUUUCAUGGGAUCUACUUUGAAGCUUGUCAUAUCCAGAUGUUCUGCAUCCACUCAUUUUCCUUCAUGGAGUCUUCAGUGCUCCUCGUCAUGUUUGACUGCUUUGUGGCCAUCUGCCACCCCCUAAGAUACUCAGUCAUAGUCACUGGCCAGCAACUAGUCAGAACGGCUCUGGUUAUCAUCCUCCAGGCCCCUGCGGCUCUUGUCCCCAUUGUCCUCCUCCUGAAGAUUUUUCCUUACUGUGGUCCUUGAGUCCUCUCCCACUCAUAUUGUCUACACCAGGGAGUGAUACAUCUGUCCUGCAGAGACACUACCUUCAACAACAUAUAUGGGUUGACAGUGGUGGUGUUCACUGUAAUGCUGGACCUGGUGCUCAUUGCGCUGUCCUAUGGGCUUAUCCUGAACACAGUGGCAGGACUGGCCUCCCCAGAGGAGCAACUUCGAGCUUUCCAAACGUGUACCUCACACCUCUGUGCUGUGCUGGCGUUCUUUGUGCCCAUGGUGGGGCUGUCUCUGGUGCAUAACUUUGGGAAGCAUGUUCCACUUGCUGUCCACCUCCUCAUGGCCGAUGUCUACCCCUUUGUGCCUCCCAUGCUUAACACAAUCAUAUACAGUGUUAAGACCAAGGAGAUCCACCGUGCCAUCAUUAAGUACCUGCAUUAGGGCAAUGCUGAGUCCUGGGGCUAA